GCCAAAGCUUUACAGUAUAACAAGUGACUCGACAAUCGAAGAAGUGCGCUACAGUCGUCCCAUGCCGCGGGCCUUGGUGAUUCGAGCCUAUAGGAUGGCCAAACGUGUUACAAAGCCACCCAACGCCCACUUCUAUACAGACUUGCUACACCUGCCUGCCCAGCGUUCGUCUGUCCUCACCUCCUUUCUGAAGAAUGUCUCGCGGCAACAAGCGUGAUAUCGACCGCGCCCGCGCCCAGAAGCGCCAGGAGGCGAAUGGCAAGGGCAAGAACGCGGAUGGCCUGACCCCGGAGCAGCGGCGUGAGCGUGACGCCAAGGCGCUCGCGGAGAAGAUUGCGAAGAAGGAGGGCGCGGGAGCCAAGUAAAGGAGCUGGAUCAAAGCUUAGUUAUCUAGAUUCGUCUGCAGGAGCAGAAGCGGCGACCGGUGGAAGAAAGCGACCGCGUUGAACCUCGGAUGCGUGUGCGGACAGAGGCUGGCGCGCUGUGACCAGCCCUUAGUGUAUGUAUUAGGUCCAAUUGACCAGACUUGACCCGGACUGUGACUGCGUGUUUGACUUGACGAACUGCGUGCGGACACGCACGGGCGGACCACACCUCGGGGCAGCUCGGGGGCACCGUGUUCCUGAUAGGUCACUUACUACUUACUCAGCGUGAUCGCGGCCGCAUUUCAGGCCAAAAUGAAUUACGGGCAAGGCCGGUAGAGCCGUGCCGCUAUGGGGCAGUGAGGGGGAAAGCUACUUUGGCGAAUGUAAGUGCUGCUCACA